AUGGAUAAAAACAGUGCAGCAUUGAAGCAACCUUCUGAAAGAAACAAAUCUACUGUGAAGAAAGGUAUUUUUCCAUCACCUUCCUUACAACCAUCUUUAGAAGCUUUUGCAGUACCUCUCCCAUCAGAAGAUGAAGAUUUUCUGAUGUCAGAGAACAUGACUGAGAGACAGCCUAACUAUGAGCAGCAGUUGAAGAAGCAGAAUUAUGAAGAACAGGACAAGGCAGCAGAACAUACCUUGUACAAACAAUAUGAGGAAAAGAUCCGCCCCUGCAUUGAUCUUGUCGACAGUCUGAGAGCUCUUGGCAUAGAAAAAGACCUGGCUUUGCCCGCGAUCACAGUGAUCGGAGACCAGAGCUCUGGGAAAAGCUCUGUCCUAGAAGCCCUGUCUGGUAUUGCUCUUCCUAGGGGCAACGGUAUAGUUACACGGUGUCCCUUGGAACUUAAACUGAAAAGAAUACCUGCUACCCAGGCAUGGAAAGGGAAAAUUUGUUACCGCAACACCAGCACAGAGCUCAAGAGUGCCUGUGAGGUGGAGAAAGCAAUAAGAGAAGCCCAGGAUGUUGUGGCUGGUACUAGAGGUGCCAUUAGUGAUGAACUAAUUUCCCUAGAAAUUCGGUCACCAGAUGUCCCAGAUCUGACACUAAUUGAUCUUCCUGGAAUUGCCAGAGUGGCUGUGGGGGAUCAGCCAAAAGACAUUGGGGAACAGAUCAAAAUGCUACUUAAAAAAAAUAUUGGCUUCAAAGAGACACUCAAUUUGGUAGUGGUGCCAUGUAAUGUGGAUAUUGCAACAACAGAAGCACUGAAAAUGGCUCAAGAGGUGGACCCCAGUGGAGAAAGGACACUAGGGAUCCUCACAAAACCCGACCUGGUAGACAGAGGAACAGAAGAGUCUAUCAUUAACGUAAUACGAAACCUGGUCAUCCCCCUCAAAAAAGGUUACAUGAUCGUGAAGUGUCGUGGGCAGGAGGACAUCCACAACAAAUUGUCUUUGGCCACUGCAAUCCAGCAGGAGAGAAAAUUCUUCGAGACUCACAAACAUUUCAGUGUUCUUCUGGAAGAAGGAAAGGCUACUAUCCCUAAUCUGGCAGAGAAGCUCACCAGUGAACUUGUGAAACAUAUUGUUAAAAUUUUGCCAACACUAGAGAGCCAAAUACGUGAGAUGCUUCAAAAAACGUUACAGGAUCUACAAAAGUAUAGAAGAGGCACACCCAGAACACAGUCUGAGAAGCUGUUUUUCCUCACAGAUUUGAUUAAACUCUUUAAUGAAGACAUCUCUCAGACAACACGUGGGGAGGAACAGCUGUUUGGAAAUGAGAUCAGACUGUUUACAAAAAUCCGCAGAGAGUUUCAAACAUGGGGAGUGAUUCUCCUAGAGUGUACUACAAAGGUUAAAAAAAAUGUACCCAGUGAAGUGUGGAAAUAUGAAGAGCAGAAUCGUGGACGGGAGUUCCCAGGCUUUAUCAAUUACAGGACCUUUGAAGACAUUAUAAAAGAGCAAAUCAUAGCACUGGAAGAGCCGGCCAUUGAGAUACUGAACAACGUGAUCGGACUGGUUGAAGAGAAAUUUCUGGAACUCACUAAAAGACAUUUUGCUAAUUUUCACAAUCUAAACAGAGCUGUUAAGACCAGAAUUGAAGACAUUAGAGAGAAACAAGCAGCAGAUGCUGAAAGACACAUCCGGACCCAGUUUAAAAUGGAGAGAAUCGUAUACUGCCAGGAUGACCUUUACAUUAAUGAUUUAAACUCUGUUAAUUUAGAAAAGACUACAAAAGCUGACAAGGGGAAAGAAUUGCAGAUUGCAUCUGUUUUCAGCCAAGAGCUCUCCUCCGUCCGGGAAAUGGUUUCUCACACGAAGGCCUAUCUGAAUGGAGCAAGCAAACGCCUCUCCAAUCAGAUACCUCUGAUCAUCCUGUCUUAUGCUCUUCAUGACUUUGGGGAUAACUUGCAGACCACAAUGUUGCAUCUUUUGCAAGAAAAAGACAAGUUAAGCCAUCUCCUUCAGGAGGACAGUGAAGCUGCUAAACAUAGGAGCUGCCUCACUCAAAGAGUUAAUCGUCUCACCAAAGCCUGCCAAUACCUGAGAGAUUUCACCUCACAGUAG